AUGGAAUGGCAUCAACGUAUUCAUGUUUAUGUCGUUAUUAUUGUUCAACAGCAAGGCCAAUGGAUUAAGUACUUUCUUAAUCAAGUUAAUCGAUAUUAUAUUCAGAGUCAUGAUGAGUAUUUCAGUAUUAUUAUAGUCGAUUUCGGUAGUACAGAUAUUAAUAUUCGCGAUGAACUCGAUCGUAGUCCAUUAAAGAAGUUUAAAAUAAUUCAACUCGGUAAGAAAUAUCCUAAAUUUAUUAAAACGAUUGGGUUAAAUACCGCAAUCGAGGCAAUCGAUGAUCCCAACAGUAUUAUAUUAAUAUUCGAUUUACAUUUUAAUUUUCCUAUGGACAUACUUGAUAAUGCUAGAAAGAGAUGUUUUAAGGGUAAAACCGCUUAUACACCUAUCAUACUACGAUUAAAUUGUUAUGCGACACCAAGUCAUCCUAACGGAUUCCGAGAAAUUUUUGGCUAUGGUAUAUUAGCCAUGUAUAAAUAUGAUUUCAAACGUACUGGUGGUUACGAUAGUGUUAAUUAUCGAGAGCAAUGGGGAGGCGAAGAUGUUCAGAUGGUUAAUUCUAUUUUUACUCAUAAUUUAGAUGUAGAACGAGUUUGCCAUCCUACUUUAUAUCAUCAUUACCAUCGUUCUCUACCAUGGAAGCUUGUGUAG